AUGUCUUCUUGGAUGCUUGACGUGAUUGCACUUCUCCCCCAAAAAUGGCAAGACUGGGUACUACCUCCAUCGAGCAUCCCAACCGUGCAAAAUGACCCGUCCAAGGUCCAGUUGAGUCGCAUAGCUCACGUUUAUUUUGAGCACUAUGAUCUGGAAGCGUUCAGCAGGUUUGCCCAAGAUUUUGGCUUCAUCGAGGCCGAGCGCAAGGGAAAAACUAUUUACUACCGCGGAUACGGCAGAGACCCCUAUAUAUAUGUGGCUCAUCAAAGCGCUACACGGAGAUCACAGUUUAUGGGCGCAGCUUUCGUGGCAAAAGAUCUGGAAAACUUCAAUAAGGCCGCAAAGCUAUCAGGAGCUACACGCAAGUCGUUAGAUGAUGCCCCCGGCGGCGGCGAGAUGAUCACGUUUGCACGCUCCAAUGGAACUUACUUCCAUGUGUUAUACGGUCAAACUGAGCGCGACUUGAACGGUACGAACAUACCAACUGCGACGCACGACUCCCAGGGUCCAUUUAAUACACCUUUUGAAAAGCCACGGAAAGGGCAGUUCCAGAGAUAUCGUGAUGGACCUGCUCUGGUGCACAAGCUUGGCCACUAUGGAUAUGUGUGCAAGGAAUUCGAAUCGGAGCUAGAGUUCUACACUGGGAACUUCAAUUUCGUCCAUUCAGACAUUCUAUACCUCCCCCAGUUUCCUCAAUUGGAUGUCAUGACAUUCAUGCAUCUUGAUUUAGGCGAGGAGUAUACGGACCAUCAUACGCUCUUCCUGCAACGCGCUUCGCCAACAGUGCGAGAAACAUAUGUUCACCACACUUCAUUUGAGGUGGCUGACUUUGAUACGCAGUUGAUGGGCCAUCACUUCCUUGCUAAGAAGGGAUGGAAAAGUGUCUGGGGAGUGGGAAGGCACAUUCUGGGGAGCCAAAUCUUUGAUUACUGGUAUGAUAGUUCCAAGUUCAAGAUUGAACAUUAUGCCGAUGGAGAUGUAGUAAAUCAGGACAAUGCGACUCGCAGAGAACCGGUUGGCCCGCUGUCUGUUUGGGGUCCUGAAUUGCCGAAGGAUUUUGGAGACAACAAAGCAAGCUAG